CCAAAUUUUGUAAAUCGAAUGGAAAUCAUGGAGAACUACAAAAAUUCGAAUAUUUUUACAAGGUGCAGACUACAGUGCAAUUUUUCUAGAAAAAGAGGAAUUGGACUACCGAAAAGUUGCGGCUGAUGUGCUCUCGUGCGUUCCACGUUUUGUGCUGGAAAAUUAAUUUAUUGCAGUUAUUGUUUAACCUGUAUUAAUUCACGAAGUAGUUGUUUAGUGUGAUUAGAAUUUAGAACAUUUAAAUCGUAUUAGACUUCGCUUUCAUCGAGUUAAUAUUGAAUUGGAUAUUGACGCACUAGUAGCAAGUAGCAAACCAUAGUAUUCCAGGACUCACCUAAAAGUUAAGGAAGAGGCUUACUUAAGAACUGACCAGUCGGCAAGACUUUAAACUGCGCGUGAUAUACUUAAUUUAUUAUUUUAACGCAUUUAAAAUUAGAAUUCUAAAUUCAAUUAUUUUAAACUAUACUCAAGAAUCAUUACCAGUCACAGACUAAAAAGGCAUUCGAAUUCUCAAUUUAAAUAUUAUAAACAGAUUAUAAUUGGACCUGUAAUUGUCACAGAUUAUAAAUAAUAUAAUACAUUAAUUAAUUGGAGAAGAAAAAGAAUAUUAAUUAAUAGAAUUAAUUAAUUAAAUAGUGACGUGUAUUUAUUUGCAAUAUUAAUUAGAAAUAAUAUAAGUAAGACAUAAACCUGUGAAGAAGAUACAUUAAACUUAAUUAAAAGAAGAAGAAGAUUAUAGCAUAGCAAAUAUAUAAGCCAUAACAGAGGAGAAGAUAUUAAAUAAUAAUAUAAACUCAGAAAAAUAUUACCUGAAUAAAAGGAGAGUUUAAGUUCAAAGCCAUAAGAAGGAUAAUAUAAAUUAAGGCUAUUUUAAAAUCGUGAUAUUUGAACAGACUAUAAAGUGAUUAGAAGGAGGCUGUAUUAUAUGUUAUUUAUAUAUUAGUUCAAAUAAUGCGAGACAACAUGAAGCCCUGCCAACACACACUAUCAGAUGACGUGGUUUACAAAGAAGUUGUGGUUAUCGGCAAUGGCCCCAGCGGCAUGGUGACGUCAUUCAUGCUGGCCGGCAACAUCCCCCACCUCAAGCGAGUGCCCGACCACCUGCCCAUUGACGAAAUGCUGAAAAUCAGACUUCAAAACCUGCCUCCCGGACAGAACCUGCUGGAAGUCGAUCUAAUGGCGCUGGCGGAGGGUCUGGAGGGCCGCAGCCAAAACCCCAUAGCUUUACUAGUAGACAAUUUACUGCGGCCCUGCGCCGAUCUAGGCAUGCAAGAAGACUCGCUCAUAGAGUGGCGGUACGACGUCGAGAAAGAGAUUGACCAUGUGGUCCUGGGUAAAGGUCCCCCAGGCGGUGCGUGGCACACGUUUCCCGGGGGAGUUAGAACUUUGUCCCCCGGGGCCUGGCUCUCGCUUCCCCCACACGCCGGGGUGGGGGAUAAAAGUACCGGCAGAGUGCCUGCGCGAGCUGUAGCUGCUUACUGCAGGCGAUACGUGCAGGCGUGCAAGCUGCAGAGGUACUUCCGCUGCGGCGUGACGGUGACGAGCGUGACGCGAGCGCCGCGCGCGCCGCCGCCCUGCCACCAGUCGUGCCCGCGCGCCGCCAACUUCUGGGUCUCCGGGUACGACAAGUCUAAAGGCUGCGGUUUCCGGUACGCGUGCCGCCGCGUUAUAAUCGCGUGCGGCGCGGGGGACAGACCUAAUGUACUACCCGCACACAUCUCUCGACACGCCAUACACUCGCUGGACCAAGUCGAGCGGGCUCUGCAUCUGUUAGCCACUACAGAAGGCGACAGUCCAGAGAAAUCGGUACUAGUGGUGGGAUCGGGAGUGAGCGCGGCGGACGCCGUGCGACUAGCGCGCCUCGCGGCUCUGCCCGUCAGCCACGUGCACCGCACCCCGGCCGACUCGCUUGCCAAACUGUCGCCAGUCGCCUACCCGGACUACUGCCAUGUAUACAAAAUGAUGCUCGACGGCCCAUCAGGAAACCAUCCAUACUACACUCCGUAUCCAGAACACAUGAUAGUGGAAAUCAACCCAGUAGCCCGCGAAGAAGCCUCGCUCAAACUCAAGCAGGAAGAAGACGAGAUCCUACAGCCUAAGAGGGUCAAACUACUUAACUUAGUCACUAAUGAGACGCUAGAAAUAACAGUAUGCCUUAUAGCUAUCCUUAUCGGUUCCAAACCAGACCUAUUCUUCCUCCAAACGAACUUCAGUUUAAACGAAAUAGAUGUACAAAAGGAAUGCAUCAAAUGCAUCGAGAAGAAAGAAGAGAGCCAAAGACUGUGUUUCCUCAAAAGCCAUUGGAAUAACCUCAAAAAUGUCCUCGAGCAAGGCAUACAGAGCUGCAAGUCCAGAUACUUGAACUACAACGAAAUAAAUGGCAACACGGACACAAAAUGCCUCGUAACCAACUGUAACAAACGGAAAAUCAGCGAGGGAAACUUAGACAUAGACAGUGACAACACUAGUGCUGUGAAAUGUAAAUGUACAAAUACUAAUACAAAUAUCAUUCCGUAUGAAUGUGUUAAGAAAAUUGACUGCGAUUGCCAACCCGUCAACCCGUAUAGUUCUGGUUUAGGUUUCGGUAUGGACCCGAAUAAACCUGUAGAUGGAAGAUCGAAUCCCAUAGCCAUAGAUAAGAGUACUCAUGAGAUACUGAACGCGCCUAAGGGCAUGUACGCACUGGGGCCGGUAACCGCAGACAAUUUUAUUCGUUUCAUCCCGGGCGGCGCGGUCGCCAUAGUGGCGCAUUUACACAAGGAAAUGAAGAAUGCCGAGUGAUUUUAACUGUUGACUUGCCAUUAGGAAUUGUGAUUUUUCAUUUUAUUUAAUUCAAUUUUUUUUACAAUAAAUUAUUUUUUAUACCCCCUA